ACAUGUACUACAACAUGUUGGCCUGAAAGUGUUUGGACUCUCCCGGCCGAGCCUAUCGCCAUGCACACCGUCCACGACUUCAUAUCAGCACUUCUUCCACCACCCAAUCCGGAAAGAUCGGCCUGGGUCCAUGCCUUGACUAAACUUUUAUUUCGGCCAUAUCUGAGCAUAGCGCCCUCAAAACAGGAGACGUCGCCACCAUGCAGCGACCCAGGACACCUUCGCAAUUGUCGCCAGGCCACAACUCUUUCCGGUACCGCCCCUUGAGUCACGCGGAUGGCGAGGACUUUCGCAUUCUGUGCCUCUACCCCGGCACGCUCGACGACCCAAUUCGUUGUGAUCUUCUCCAUUCAAGUCUCGACUCCGAUAUUGAGUACGAAGCACUUUCCUACAGCUGGGCAACCGAAGAUGGAGACGACAGCCUCUCCCAGCACAUUGGCUGCGCAUAUGUAGGCGAUGAAGGCUGUGCGGAAUUCCCGGUAACCUCAAACUGUGCUUCUGCACUGCGCAGAUUGAGACUGCCCUCUCAGGAGAGAUUCUUGUGGAUCGAUGCCAUUUCUAUUAACCAUAGCAAUAUCGAAGAGCGAAACCACCAGGCCGGACUCAUGGCCGACAUAUACGCUGGGGCCUCGCAGGUCCUGGUGUACCUCGGAGAAGAAGACCUCGGCUUCGCAUCCAGGAGCCUAUGGCUGGACAGCGAGAGACGCCAAUCAGCCCUGACAAAGCUUUUUGCAAAGAGAUGGGUUUCCAGAGCAUGGGUCAUUCAGGAGGUGGCACUCGCACGAAAACUCAUGAUGAUCAUGGGAGACGCAUCAUGUGCCAUGGAUGCCAACCUGAUGAGUCGGAUCCGUGGACGGGCAAAGAUUUCACGACUGCAAGUUCCUGGUCCGCUAGCUUGGGAUCCUCUGGCUAGCGCCCCGACAAGAGAUCUACUCACAUUGCUGCUCCUAUCACGACAUUGCAGCUCUACAGAUCCAAGAGACAAAGUAUACAGCCUGCUGGGACUAGUGGGCGAACGCCUGCAAAACCUCAUCACUAUCGACUACGCUCAAAGCAUCGAGGAGGUCUUGGUGCGUACGGCUGCAGCCAUCAUCACUUGUCGAGAGGACUUCGAGCUUCUGGCAUAUGCAUCAUUGUCUCUCGGACCUCGCCAUACAGAAAAGGGGUUACCGACUUGGGUGCCGGAUUGGAUAGAGCAUCAAGGCGACAUGACGCUGCGUCCUCAAUUCCAAGAAACUAGGAUAGGCCCCUGGCGGUCUCUCGAAAAGCUAUCCGGAAGCUCUUCUAGCGCCGCAGAGCUAGCCAAGAUGGAUUGGACAACAAUAGUUGAUAUACCUUCGAGGUGGCCUAUUGAUCCAUAUUUGACACCAUCUGUUACCGUCCGUGCACAUUGUCUUGCGACUAUUGACAACACGACAAAAGAAGGAUAUGGCCCAUCAGCACGAUGGCUAGAUGGUCAAACCUUUGGUCGCGAUGUAAUGGGUUUGAUAGGUAGCGGGUCAAACCGAACAAGUCUCGAUCCAAGAACAUGGCCUGCACAAUACAACUGGCUACUGGAUCCGUCAUACACUCGCUCCAUAUCUUCCAUGAUGCAAAAUAAUACCGCGUCUGCAAUGGGACCCCCUGAAAGUAUCUACCGAACCGCAGUACAGCAUUUCUGUGCUGAACUCGAAACACACGGCAAGAACCAGUACAUUUUCCGAGCAGGCAUGCUUCCCGCAGUAACAAGCCACAAUUUUGUCGAAGGCGACAGCGUAUGGGCCAUAGACGGCUGCAGGAUCCCUCUUAUCCUGAGGCGGACGCGUGAUUCCGAGGGCUACCGGAUUGUAGGCAACUGCCAUAUCUUUGCCCUAUCACAUAUGGACUGCUGGUCUACGUCAGGGACGGGGCUCGAGCAACGGUGGAGUUUUGAUCCCUUUCGCCACAUGGAUCCGCUAGGCACACAAAGAAUAAAGAUUGUGUGAUUGUUUAGAGAAACGGUUAUGAUGGCUUGUUCAAGACUUUUUGUUUUUACCCUGUGAAGUCGAUCAUUGCUCUCUUGGUCGAGCACGUAUGGUGCUGGUAUGCACUCGACUUUGUUUCCAACCGUGCAUUUUAUUUUAUUUUCGCCUGCAUACUGUGCCCUCCAUUAGCCUUGUUUAAUUCGAUUCAUACGUUGUUCUGCAAAUGAAAUGUAACCUUACCGACUUUUGCUAACAAGACAAGUCUCAAUAGAGGAUUUAUCAGA